UGGUUUUUGACAAUGGCAGACAACAAAACUAUUACUUCUCCAACCCAAUACGACGUUGUCAAUGCCAAAUGGGACAUGUGUUUGGAUCUUAGUCUUCAUUGUUUCGUGUAUGGUUCCUUCGGUGGAGCCUUAGCUGGUCUUCUUCUCUUUAGGAGUCUAGUUACUCAAUGGGCAUCUGUAGCUUUUGGUGCUGUUAUUGGGAUUGGAUCUGCUUACACUCAAUCACAACAAUUAUUAUCAUCAUCGUCAUCAUCCCAAUCUUCUUCUACAAAAGAUAAUCAAACACUUGAAUCUUCGGUAAAACCUAAUUUUUCAAUUCAUAAUAAUGUUGAUUUGAUGUUGGAUUUGAUUUGAGAAAAAUUUGAAUGUUGUUUCUGUAACAGCCUAACUAUUAAAGGCGUGUUAGCGUAAUUUUUAACGUACUGU